GAGGAUCAAGAAUUGGUUAAGAAGAAGGGAAGGUAUAACGUCCAUUUCCUGUGUUUGCGGUCAAUAUCUUAAAGCGAUGGACUCUUAUUUGGACUCUCUAAUUCCCUAUAUAUUUUUCUAUUUUUUUCUAUCUUAACACAAUCUCCCAUUCUUGAAUUUGCCAUUUCAAAAACAAGAAAAUAUGGUCAUGGUUUUUGAGGAACAUCAAGAACAACACCCCUCAUUUUCUCAUUCUAACCCUCUUGUCUUCGAGCUCAACCGUCUAAACAAUCUUCUCAAAGAUAAACAAAGAGAAUUGGGAGCUGCUCAGACUGAAAUUAAAGCUUUGAGAACAACCGAAGCUUCCAAGGAUAAGGCCAUUAAAGAGCUCAAGAAUGAAGUUAUCAGGUUGGACCAAAAAGUCUCAGUCACUGAAAAUUUUGUGGAGCAUAAGAAUCUUGAGAUCAAGAAAAUAAAAAAUGAAAAGAAAGAUGCAUUGGCUGCACAAUAUGCUGCAGAAGCAACUCUUAGAAGGGUACAUGCAAAUCAGAAAGAUGGAGAUUCUCUUCCUAUUGAGUCCUUCAUUGCUCCUCUUGAGGCUCAGAUUAAAUUGUACAAAAAUGAGAUUGCAGCAUUAGAGGAGGACAAGAAGGCGAUGGAACGAAUCACCAAGUCAAAAGAAAAUGCUCUGCUUGAAGCAGAGCGGAUUCUGCGAUGUUCCCUCGAAAGGGCUUUAAUUGUUGAAGAGGUUCAGAAUCAAAACUAUGAAUUGAAAAGACAGAUAGAGAUCUGCCAGGAAGAGAACGGAAUUCUGGAGAAAACGAAUCGCCAGAAGGUUAUGGAGGUUGAGAAGCUUUGCCAAAUUAUUCAAGAGCUUGAAGAGACAAUUCUUGCUGGUGGAGCUGCAGCCAAUUCUAUUCGUGACCAUAAGCGACAAAUUUCUGAAUUAAAUGAAGAGAAAAGGAUGCUGGAGAGAGAGCUAGCCCGAGCAAAAGUCUGUGCGAACCGCGUUGCAACUGUGGUAGCGAAUUCGUGGAAGGAUGAAAAUGAAAAGGUUAUGCCUAUUAAGCAAUGGCUAGAAGAAAGAAGGCUACUGCAGGCAGAGAUGCAACGGCUGAAAGACAAGCUAGCUAUAUCAGAGAGAUCAGCUAAGGCAGAAGCACAAAUUAAGGAAAAACUGAAGCUAAGGCUCAGAACAGUAGAAGAAGGAUUAAAGCAUACGUCGAGUUUCUCUGUUCCCGCUGAUGCAGUUUGCAGUUCUCCUACACCAGAAAAAUCUAAUAACAUCCUAACAAGUAAUGAAGGAUUAAAGUGGGCUGCUAGUAGGAAGAGGUCUAGUAGGAAGCCAUCAGGAUCAACUAUAACCCUAGCUACACCGCAGCCUAAUAUAGAAAACGAAAAGGCAAAUCCUGCCGGAGAGCUGAUAAAUUCUGAUAGUUUUAAAAAAAAUUAUGGCUCAGGAGAAAACAAGUUGCGAAAUAGCCUAUGGGCGUCUAGAAGUAAGGUUACCGAUAGCAGUGGAAAGGAAAACACGGAACUGCAGGAAAACACGGAGUUGAACCUCGAGAUGUACAAGAAUGAUGAUAUCUUAAGUUCAACAGAAUUAAGAAACACAGCGAGUGGCAACGAUAAGUUGUAUGAGAAGGAAAUUAGCACCAAUUCAGAAUGUGGAUAUGUGGUUUCAGGAAUUCUGUAUGACAGACUUCAAAAGGAGGUCUUAAGUCUACGGAAAUCUUGCGAGACAAAAGAGAGUCGAUUGAAAGCUAAAGAUCAAGAAAUUCAGACACUCAUGAAGAAAUUCAAUAGUACACUAUCAGAAGUCGUCGAAGUAGAGUCGAAGACAGCAAAGACGGAAACAACAGACAAGGAGAAGGAUAAAACUGUUCCAACCAAAAAGGCCCGUAGUAAGAGUUGCUCUAGAAGGUGAUCGAAUAUGUUCCGAAAGCUGCCUGAAAUUCAUUUGAGUCUUCUUUGACUCUUAUGUUCUGAUUUUUCAAUGUCAAUAUGGCAAUGUUAUACUGAUGAUUAUAGCUAGUUGAAAUAAAACUUGAAUACGAUACGAGCGAUCUGCUUGAGAUUUUUUACAUGAAUGAUUUCAUGGUUAGUUUGGUUUGUGAAUAUGAAUAAAUGCUCUGUUUAGUGAGGACUCUGUAAACAAAUAAACAGUUUGGACAAAAUGAAAGAAAAUAUUCUAGACAUGGAUUA